AUGCCCAGGUCCUUCCUGGUGAAGAGGCACCACUCAAGGACACGGCCAGGAGCCCGGAAUUGGGGAGAGAUCUCAGACCAGCUCCGGGGAGAUGCCUACAUCCCAGGAGGCAGUGCAACCCAUAUCUUCGCGGAUCCCAGGACGUUCAGAGGUCAAGCCAACAUGAACACGAGGGAAAACAACAAAGGAAGAGACCUUCCUAGUCACAUCCAAAGUCAGGUUCAUUUUCAGCCAACGGUCGUAGGGAAAUGCCUUCCGAGUCGAAAGGGCCGUAUAGCUGCGGCGCAGGCAGAAUUCCCAUGUGCCGUGUGCAGCAAGCGUUUCCCGCUGCAGCGCAUGCUGAACCGGCACCUCAAGUGCCACAGCUCCGUCAAGAAGCACGUCUGCAGGUUCUGCGGGAAGGGCUUCAACGACACCUUCGACCUCAAAAGGCACCUGAGGACACACACAGGCGUGAGGCCCUACCGUUGCUGCGCCUGCGAGAAGGCUUUCACCCAGCGCUGCUCCCUGGAGUCCCACCUCAGGAAGAUCCACGGAGUCCAGCAGCACUACGCCUACCGCGAGCGCCGCUCCAAGCUCUUUGUGUGCGAGGAGUGCGGCUUCACCUGCAGCCAGAGCGAGGAGUACUGCGGGCACCUCCACCGGCUCCACCCGGGGGGCUUCCCCAGACCCCCGGCCCCCGGCCUUCGCUUACUCUACCCUCCAUCCUACUGAUGCGGGGGGUUCUGGGUGUUGCAGUCCCCCAAAAAGGAGCCCGUUUGGGAGUGACACAGAAUUGGAAGAGUGGGAAGAGACCAACAGGGUCAUCCAGUCCCAUUGCUUCUGCCAGACAGGAAAAGCACAAUCAAAGCCCUCCUGA